AUGCCGUCGCACAACUCCUCAAGGUACGUCCCAUCCUUAUCCCAAAGCGUUGUCCAAGGAACAUCAUGGAAAACCCUAGUUGGUACACCCAAUACACCCCGUUACCAGGCCGAGAUAUCUCAGGGGAGGCUCGAAUACCUCCUCAAUUUCCAAACCCUCAUCACCGACCUCACCGGCCUGCCCAUGUCCAACACUUCCUUGCUCAACGAGGGCACGGCUGUAGCCGAGGCCAUGGCCAUGUGCAACAACAUUCAGAAGGGGAAGAAGACUUUUCUAUUGGCCAGCAAUUGCCACCCGCAGAUGAUCGACAUUUGCAAGACACAGGCUGAUGGGUUCGACCUGAAAGUGCUUGUCUCAAAUUUAAAAGACAUUAGCCACAAAUGGGGAGAUGUUUAUGGAGCUCUUGUGCAGUAUCCGGGGACCGAAGGUGAAAUUCUUGUUUAUAAGGAGUUUGUGAAGAAUGCGCACGAUCACGGAGAUAAGGUGGCGAUGGCUUUAGAUCUGCUAGCGUUAUGUGUUGAAGCAGUAAGGCGAGAUGGGGGCGAAUAUUAUGGUCGGGUCCGCGCAGAGGUUUGGUGUGCCUAUGGGGUAUGGGGCCCGCACGCGACCUUCCUGGCGACAUCUCAGGAGUACAAGCGAAUGAUGCCCGAUAGGAUAAUUGGAAUGAGCGUGGACUCGUCGGGGAAGCAGGCCCUGCGCAUGAUCAGCGGAUACGGGCACCAGGAUGAUACGAAAAGGGAGGAACAUAAGGAGCAGGAUUAUUUCCAAAGGGUUUUUGACAGGAAAUUCGAGGAACUAUUACAGGGGAGGGGCCUUGUUCAGAUGAUGUCGGGUGCGAAUAAUGCGAAGAACUCGUCUCGGUGCGAUUCAAUGUUGAUCGGUGAUAAAGCUGCAGACAAUACCUUAUAUUCAGUUUAG